AUGGGAAACAACAAAUCAUCCAGUAAAUCCUCUCAUCUCAAAACAGAAGUCUCUCAUCGGGAAGGCAUUUCUAACGGUAGCAAUGAUGAUCAUGACGAUCAGAUUCGAGAUCGUAAGAUGAUGAUUUCAGAAAUGGAUCCCGAAGAAUGGAAAUUAUUAGAAAACGUAAAAAAGGAUCAAAUUGUGUAUUUAUUUGGAACUAAAAAGUCUCUCGAUAUUUAUAAUCGUAGAUUUGUCAAAUAUAUUGUAAAACAAGAGAAGAAAUUUGGAGAUGAUAUUUCAGCAAUGGGAAAUGGAGAUAAUGUUGUGAUUUUAUCUUCGGAUUCUUGUGUCAAAUAUGCUCCGAUAGGAUGUUCUUCUCAUACAAUGAUUGUCAUUCCUCAAUGCAUUUCAAGUGAUUCUAUCACAUCGAAAAAGUAUUUAGUGUUUGGUGGAAAGAAACAAAUUCCUUCAGGUUACAAAUCCAAUAUGGGAAGGAGCUUGAAAACUUCUGAAGAUGCCUUAUUGACCUAUUAUGAUUGUGGAUUAAAUAUUUGGCUCUACGGAGAAAAUACGACACACAAAUACACAAUGGACAAUGAAAGACCUGAUCCCAGCCUUUUCUAUCAUAGUUUUACAUUCAAUCCAAAAAAUAUGAAAGUUUAUAUAUUUGGAGGCAGUUCGAAUGAUUCAAAACGAGCGAAUUUUCUGGUAUCUAACAAAUUAUAUUGCCUCAAUCUGGAAAAUUGGACUUGGAGACAAGUUCGACAAAGUCACAAUGUUCAUAUUCAGCACACACCAGAGAAUAACACAUCACCCUCAUCGAACAUUGUGACACCUGUUCGAGGUCAUGCAGCCAUUUAUCGUUCACGAACAAACAGUAUUGUGGUGUAUGCAGGAAAUCUUGGAGGAUCAUCCCUAACCAAUGACAUGUUCGAAUUUGACUGUGAUACAGAAGAAUGGUCUAUGGUACCACAAUACGACACAGUACCCAGUAGGGCUUACCACAAUGCUGUUUAUUGUAAAUCGAGAGAUUGGAUGAUAGUUUUUGGUGGAGAAUUUUUCGAUCAAGGAAGUUCUCGUCUUGAAAUAGUGAAUGACAUGUGUAUAUUUGACUUUUGUGACAAAAAGUGGCAAUCGGUGGUUUUUAGAGGAGAUGCCAAUCCACCAGUUUCGACCUUUGGGCAUUGUACGACCAUCAUUUAUGAUCGAUUUGUUGUGACUUAUGGAGGUUGUGAUCGAGAGUAUAAUCCAAAGUCUCAAUGCAUGAUUUUUGACCUCUUUGAAAGACGUUGGACGCGAUUAAAUGUCAGUCUCGAAGCCAUUGAAGUGAGUGCAAAACAUACCUUAGACUCUUCAGAAAAUCAAGAACUUUGGAAUUUGUCCUAUCAAUGUGACCUUCCUCCGUUGAAUUGUUCUGCAAUGAUCUAUGACGAACAAUGUGAUUGUUUAGUAUUUUUUGGAGGUUACACCACCUCCAAAGAUAAGUGCAACUACAUCUUCAAGGUUAAAUUUGAUAUUGCAUUGUUAUUGGUGACCAAACAUUUCAAAUUUAUCUCACAGGCUCUCAGGACGUCAGAAGAACCCAAUAUUACACACGACAUUCAAAUUACUACCUUUCAAAACAAUAAUACCUCAAUCACCACCACCACUACUGUUGCUACUCGUAAUACGAGUCGUUCAACAUUGGAAUAA